AUGCCGCGCCGCAAGAUCGCCAUGAGGUUCAUCGACAACACGCGCGCCCGCGCCGCGACGUACGCGAGCAGGACGAAAGGGCUGAGGAAGAAGGCGGAGGAGCUCGCGACGCUCUGCUCCGUCCCCGUCGCGCUCGUCGUCUGCGCCGCGGCCGGCGCCGGGGCCGCCCAGGCUCCGCCGCUGGUGUGGGAGUCGAGGGAGGGGGUCCUGGACAGGUACCGCGCGCUGCCCCCCGAGGUCCGCGCGCAGCACACGCACCGCGGGUACCUGGAGGCGGAUCUGGGCAAGGAGCGGGCCAAGCACGCCAGGGUGCGGCAGCACGGCCUGGGCGCGCUCGCGGACAGCGACGCGGCGCUGCUCAACGGCAUGACGCUGGACGAGGCCCGGGAGCUGCUGGAGGCCGUCGAAGCCGCGCUUGUGGCCACCACCCAGAGGAUGGAGGCGCUCGGCUUACCGAUGACAACCAACGACGUGGAAGGUGGCCAGGAGCUCGAGCAGUUCACGUUCCCGGAUGGUCUUGAUUCCGCCAUGAUGCCGGGCGUCGGAGGUAACCCCCUCGUGGACAUGGACGCCGGGUUCCAGCUGCAGAUGCUGCCUUACCACGGGAACAACGAAUUCGCUGGCCAGCUAGAGCAACCAUUCUCAUGGGACGAUCGCUUACUACCGAUGCAGCAGCGCAAUGGGGAAAUGAUGGCGCAGCCAGCGUCUUACGGAUUCCAAUGCACCGACGCCAACUACUUGGGCGCCGCCGUUGCCACUAAUGGCGGCUACGGCCAGCAGAUGCAGCCGCCGGUCUAUGGCAAUGCUGACCAUUACGGCUGGACUGAUCUUGCCAUGUGGAACACUACCGACGAGUCGUGCAAUGCAGCCUUGCCGCCAGUUGGGUGCUACCCUUCCCUAGGCAGCGGCACCGGCGGCGUCGACUUCAUCGGCAGCACUGCAGUGCCUCAGCACUCUGCUUUGGUCACCGGCGGCGGGAACUACAUCAACGUGCAGCCACUCGGGUACGCUAUGGGCAAUGGCAUGGGCGUGAACUUGGCGAGCCAGCAGGCGGACUGCUACGCGACGCAUCAUUGGUCGGCCGAGGAGUUCCAGCGCGCCGACACUGGCAGUACCAGCCUGCAGGCAGCGACAUCAACCUGGACACGCAGUUCUUCCGAUCAAGCCUUCAAUUAUCUUCAGUAGAAUGUACGGAGUAUACUAGUACGGGUCAAUUAAGGGCCAGCAACAUCGUUAAUCCGGCAAUUUUGGAUGAUGCAGCGAUGCCGGGUUCAACUGAUGUAGCCAGCCGCCACGGCCUAGGGGCAUGCAUAGGCUAGCUAUGUACUCAGGUUGCAACUAUUUUUUCUUCUUCUUCUUCUAGGAAUAGCAUAUCU